AUGUUCGCUGUGUGCGGGUCGCGGGACUUCUUCAUGGAGUUUGGAGUACUGGGAAGAAGCACUGGCUCGGCGGUGCGGCUGCUGGGUGCCGACAGACUGGUCCUGCUCAGCCGCGGGCCGCCGGCGUCCCGCCGGAUCACGCUGGAGAACACGUCCGCGGUGACGGCCUGCUACCAGCUCGAUGCGGGUGGGGAGCAGGGGGUGUUCUCCCUGGACAAGCCGGCCGGCCACAUCCCGCCCGGGCAGCAGGAGAGCCUCACGCUGGGGUUCCGCCCCCCGGGCAGCGGCAUCUUCAGCCGGAGACUCACUUGCCUGCUGCUGCACCAGUGCCCCAUCAGCCUCGAGGUGGUCGGAGUGUGUGUGCUCUCGGAGAAGGCUUGUCUGAAGGGCGUGCUCUACGAGCGGUACUCGGAGCCGGAGCGCGGCGACGGCUGUGGGCUGUGCCCCCGGGACGGGGACCCGCCCCCGCUCAGGCUUGCCCCCGACUGCCUGCAGUUCGAGCCGGGCGACGGCGGGCCCCGCACAGUCACCGUCACCAACGUCAUGCAGGAAGAGGUUGUCCUGGAGUGGGACAAAGCAAGGACGAGCAUCUCGUCGCAGCACUCGGCGCAGUUCGAGGUGCGCUUCACUCCGCACGCCCCGUGCCUGCUGUACGGAGCGCAGCUGGGCGCCACGGCACGCUGGGGCGACACCAGGCGCUGCUUUGAGCGCGCUGUGGCAGACCGUCACCUGCACGUCCCGGUCCACGCGACCGUGUCCGCGAUAGGACACUCGUUUACCUCGGGGACAAGCACGUGGGCGCCCGGGUGCGAGGUCUGCCCCACGACCCUGGUGAUGCCCCCCUGCCAGCCCCCGGGCCUCGUCUACAGCUCGCUGCUGCUGCGCCGGACCGGCCACCUGCCCGUCGCCUUCCGCUUCGUCCCUCCCGCAGACAGCGUGUUCUCGGUGAGACCGUCGCAGGGUCUGGUGCGGGGCAGCUUCCAGAUCGUGGCGGUGCGCAUGUGCCCCGAACUGCACGGGGAGGCCGUCUACUGCGAGGACUGGCGACUGCAGUUCAACCACUGCCCGCGACACGAGGUUAUAGCCCCCACCUCGACACUAGUGGUCGCACUGCCGCACGAGGUAGCUGCAGGAGACGCUGUGUCGCAGGUCACCGUCCACCUGCAGGGCUCCAGCGAGUACCCCAGGGUCGCGGUGGGCGAGGGCAACGCAGUGCCGCUCCCCACCACCUUCCCCGGCUGCGAGCGAGCCUUCUGCGUGCCGGUCAAGAACGUCUCGAGGCACUGUCUCAGGUACACGUACGAACUGCUUGGCGGUGACGGCUGGCUGCAGUUUGACGGCACGGAGGGGGAGCUGGCCGUGAACGAGGUCAGGCGGCACACUUGGACGUUCACGCCACCGGGGCACGGGUCCUUUGCUCCCAGCGUGAGGUUCACCGUGCACGCACUACGCUGUGACGGCCCACCCACCGUGGUCACGGUCUCGUGCUAUGGAGAAAGCCACAGCGCUCAGCUGACCGCGUCGCCCGGCGCUCUCGACUUCGGGGAGCUGCCGUGGGGGGAGACGGCGGAGCAGUGGUUCAGCGUGGCCAACCCGGGCCCCGGCCCCCUGUGCUACCGGCUGUCGUGCCGCCCGCCGGCCAGCGACGCGGAGCUGCUGCCCCCGAGGGGCGUGCUCCACCCGGGCGAGGCCGGGCAGGUGUCGGUGCGACUCACCCCGGGCCACGACGGGCCGCGCUGCCUCGAGGUCCUGUACGAGGUCCGCAGAAGCCCCGACGGGGACGAGGUGGUCCCUGGCGCCGGGGGCGGGCUCGUGCGCGUGCGGUACGACUGCAUCGUCCCCCAGCUGCGCGUCGUGGACCUCAACGUGAGCGGCCAGGGCGCUCUCCUGACCAGGCUCGCCUUCUGGAGGACCAUGCAGAUAAACACGUGGAACGAGGCGCUGGAGCGGCUGCGGCCGGGGGAGGUGCGGGAGGCGCCCCUGGGACUGCCCCAGUUCCCGGCCGGGCCCCGCCUCGUGCAGGUGUCCCUGCUGCUGCGGGGGUGCUCCGUGCUGCCCGUGCGCUGGUCGCUGCGCCGACUCCCGCGCUGCGCCUGCCGGCCGGAGGAGCUGCCCCGCGCCCGGGAGCCCGCCUGCCCCCACCGCGACCUGCUGGCCUUCGCCCCCGCCUGCGGCACCCUGCAGGGAGGGCAGGAGCAGGUGCUGAGGCUGACGGCGAGCUACGAGCUGCAGGGCUGCCAUCCGCUCAGCCUCUCCCUGCUGCUGAGCUGCGACCGGGAGCUGCGGCUCGGGGCAGAGCUGGAGGCCCACGGUCCCCGCCGGCUGUCCCUGGCGCCCGACCACCUGCACCUGGGCGUCUUCCUGGCCGACCCCCGCCCGGCCGCCCAGUGCGUGUGGGCCUACAACCACACGGGGCAUGCGCUGGACUACGCGGUGGAUGAAUCGCGGCUGGACGAGCGCUCGGGCAGCGCGGUGGUGCGGUGCCUGAACCCGCGCGGCACGGUGCCGCCGAACAGCGCACUGCCCCUGCUCUUCCACGUCCGGCCAAUCACGCUGCAGCCUCUGCAGGCGAGCGUGGUGCUGGAGGCGGGCGGGGAGCGGCUGGUGCUGGAACUGUCCAGCGAGGGCACGCUCCAGUUCAGCCUCCACCUGCCGUACAUGAAGUCUCGCCUGCCCGAGGCGUGCCGCUUGCCCCUGGAGGAAGUCCCGGUGGCCCCCUCGCUGGACCACCUCGUCUUCGGGCCCGUGACCACCCACACGAGCGCCCAGCGCGUCUUCUUCCUCUGCAACCGCUCCGCUGCCACCGUGUUCGGCUACCGCUGGCUCCCGGCGACGGUGGCCGGCGUGGUGGAGGGGGCGGUGGUCCCGGGCCAGGGGCUGCUCCGGCCCGGGGACAAGCAGGCCUGCCAACUGACGCUGACCACGCGGGGCACCGCGGCACUGCUCACCCUCGGCCUGAGCUGCGAGCUGCUGGACCUGGACGAGCGUCGGCGGCGCAGCAGAGCCGAGCGUCUGCAGCGGGAGACGGCCGCCCGGUGCCGGGGGGAGUUCACCAUCUGCGAGGACGGCGUCUCCUACCCGGAGGUGCGAGUGGAAGAGAGCCGCCCGCCGCCCGUCCUGCACACGGCGGUGAGCGUCACCGUGCACAUCUGCGACCCGAGGGACGUGGACGCCAAGAUCCCGCUCCAGCAGCAGCUGCGGCUGGCCCCGUCCCCCGCCGUCUCGGUGUCCGCGGCGCCGCCCUCGCCGCCGUGCCUGUCCGCGGCCGAGCGCACGGCCGUCACCGCGAGCCUGGAGACCAUCCUGUGGGAGCUGGUGCACUGCGACCGGUGGCGCUGGCAGCUGCGCGAGCUGGCGCGGCACGCCAGCACGGACUCCUACGGCAGCUACGUGGUGGACGAGGAAGACGCAGCCCGGCUGGCGGAAGAGAGCCGCGUCGCUCCCUCCGGCUGGCUGGUGACGCGCACUCUUCGCGACGUGCUCCGCGACGUUCUGCAGGACGAGCUCCUCCGGCCGAGCGUCGACACUCCGACACAGGUGGGGACCCGGUAG